AUGCCAACAGCCCGGGCGGACCUCAGAGCCCUUCCGCUGUACGAAGUGCCGGCUGAGGUCCAGGGUGAGUUCUGUCGGGUCAUGGAUGCGUUGCCGGACCGGGACUGGAAUAAGUUUGCAUCAAAAGUACUUGAGGACAUAACUUCUGUGCGAUUGGCUGAAAAGAAGGAGCGGCGUACUGAUUGGGUGAUGUCACGAUGGCAGAACAGGAAUGGAUCGGUGGGAGAACUACUAGACCUGCUCCACCGACUGGAGCUUCUGUGGCCAUGGGACAUUAUCAACAACUGGGCAUCUACUGUUCCUCCCAGAGUGGAAUCUCCACUCCCCUUACUGUCUCCAGGAUUCACCCCGCAUCACAGAGCCCCAGUCUCUGACCAACCCACAUGUUCCCUCAGCCAAUCAAGAAUGGCCACGCUCUUGCCAAAACCUGAACCUCCAGAACUCUCCUCUGUGAUACAGUAUGAGCAGAUGUUGCCUCAACCUCUCCAUGAAUCGGAAGCAGCAGCAUCUCUUGGAGUCAUGGCUUGGACUUAUGAAGAGGUGUAUAAUGGGACUUCUGGUUUCAGUGCUUCAUUGAAGCUUGGUGAAGGGGGCUUCGGAGAAGUCUUCAAAGCCACCCUCCGGAACACAAUCUUUGCUGUGAAAAAAAUCAAACGGGACAGUUCACUAGACUGGAACAGUCUUAGAGACAGCUUUAAGGCGGAAGUGGAACAACUCUCAAAGUUCCGACACCCAAAUAUUGUUGAGCUUUUGGGCUACAGUGUUGGAGAAGGAACUUUGUGUCUCAUCUACAACUUCAUGGAGAACAGAUCUCUGGAUGAUCAGCUCCACUCAAAUGGUUUUGGUCUGUCUUGGUGUCAAAGAGUUUCCAUUGUUAAAGGAGCUGCCAGUGCCUUGCAGUAUCUCCACUGCCCUCCUCAGGGACAGCCACUAGUGCAUGGAGAUGUCAAGAGCUCUAACAUUCUGCUGGACCACCACUUGGAGGCAAAGUUGUCAGAUUUGGGUUUAGCCAGGUUUUCAUCUAGUCCCUCCAGUCACACUGGGAGUCACACCCGUACCAUUGGUAAAACAAAGUGUGUGACUGAGACUCUGGCUUAUCUGCCUGAGGAGUACCUCCGAGAUUAUAAAAUGAAAACUGAGGUCGACGUGUAUGGUUUUGGAGUGGUUUUGUUAGAGAUUGUAACUGGUCGCAGAGCUUUGGAGAAGGACAAGACAACGGGGAAAGACAUUUACCUGAAGUUGUUAGUAAAUGACGUUGAGAAUACGGAAGAACACUGGAGGAAACAACUAGACAAGCGGCUCAUCUCCUGUGAGGAUUCUGAGCCUUCAGGCUUUAUGCAGGUUGUGUCGUUGGCUCAAAGUUGUUUAGACAAAUUGAAGAAGAGACGACCCAUGAAAGAGGUGUAUAAGGCCCUUGACAGUAUCCAUAACACCUCUCCUUCAUCUUUGCCCUCUGUCCUCUACUCAUCUUCAGUCCCUCAUCCAGGACCAGCCCGUUCACUGGACUCCUGCUUCUCUGCUCUGUCCUUCAAAACUUCUGACCCAUCUAAACAUGCGUAUAGCCACAAACGGAGCUCUCUGUCCCCACCACAGACACUCUCCUCCACAGUGACCCCUACACCCCCUCGUCACAGCUCCCCCUCUUCAUCCUUGAUAAGCUCAUCAUUCAGUGGGCCAUGUGAGACCGACGAAAGCCGAGGGUUUUCACAGUACAAUAUAAGUCCAACUAAAUCUGGCCUAGAUCUGGUUCCCCAACCCUCAGUGCCUGUUGAAGACCAGUACAACUUUCCUCCAUACUCCGAAGUUAUGGAUUCAACAGAGAACCAGGCAGUAGCGCUCUUGGAAUGUUCCCCUCAGGCUAGACCAUUGCAGUCCCUAUCGCCAGUUGUGUCCAACUCCAGUAAACAGCAAGUGUUUGAAAACCGGGCAGUAAGCCAGUCACCUGAACUGCUCUCCUCUGAGGACCUAUAUGUGGUGGGGAGUCCUGGAGUGUCAAGGUUGCCAGAAGAGAGUGAUGAACUGGAAUAUCUUCAAUCUAAAACACAAUAA